UCCUGGUUUGGAGCCCCAGAAGCGCUUUUCCGGCCCCACCUAGGCCCCCUGAGCCGCGCCCAUAUGGUGGGAGGAGCCCGACGCAGCUCCCCGCCUAGAAGCCGGGAAUUUUCUACGCGGUUGAGUAGCCCCGCCACCUCCUGGCCUUGUGAUCUUGGGCAAAUCCCUUCUUGUCGAGCCUCAGUUUGUUUACUUGCGAAUGAAAAUGUCAUCCUGGGUUAUCGGGAGGAUUGCUUGGAUGAGGGACAGCUUCCGCAGAGCGUUUGGCCUGUAAAAUUCAACAAAUAACAUCGGCUGCUGCUGUUGCUAACAGAGACGGCCGGGGCAGUAGAGAGUCGUGUGGAGAGUUGAGAGUGGCUAAGAGGAUCACGUAGAAGAGAACGUGAAAUGCUCAGCACAGUGUCAGCUAGGAAGUACUUGGUGCGCCUCUCCCCCCUUCCCCACUACAUCUGGUUUGCUAAUCCUAGAGCUGACAAGCAUCCCAAGAGUUGGAAGUCUGCACUACCAGGAUUCUGACUAGGAGUCGGAGACAUCCUUUUCCAGAGUCCCAGAAUGGAGACUGAAGGGUACUUAGAGACACAAAGAAAUAGAGAAGUCCAGAAUGAUAAAAUAAGGCCACCAUCAAAUGAGAUGGUGGCCGAGGAGUCAGAAGUUGUCCUCAUAUCGGCUCCCCAGGUCCAGGUUCCGCGAGAGCCUUCCGGGCUUCCACCAGAGAGCCUCGAUGAAGACUCUGUCGAAGACCUUGAGACCAUGCCACGAAGGAAUCGUCCCAACGCUGCAGCCUCCAGGCAGAGGUUCAGGAAAUUCCGCUAUGAGGAUGCAGCCGGGCCCAGGGAGGUCCUCCGACAUCUGCAGGAGCUUGCUGGACAGUGGCUGAGACCCGAUAUUCACACAAAGGAGCAGAUUGUGGAGAUGCUGGUGCAGGAGCAGUUCCAGGCUGUCCUGCCCGAGGAGCUCCGAGCUCGGGCCCAGAGAUGUCAGCCCGGGGUCAGAAUCACCGGCUGAGUCCUGCCGCCGGGUCCUUGCUCAGCCUGCGCGUGAGAAGUCACCGGAGGUGCUCGUUGUUGUUGCAAGAGCCGGUCGCGGUCAUGGGGAAAUGUGAGCCUCGGUUUUUUUGAGCUUGGCUUUGACUAGUUGUAAUAAUCCGUCAAAACCCAUGUCUGGACCUCCCUCUGGCUGAGGCAGCUCUAAUUCCGGGGACUGAGCUCCGGAAAGAGCUUCUCUACCCUCCUGUUAGGACAAUCAGCCUGUUGCUUGUUUUUGCUCUGCCGAAUGCCUCCUUUUUUGCACUUUCUGACAUGCUUUAAUAUAUUGUUAUGUAUCCAAAGAGCUAAUCGCUUCAACUUUCAGAAUUCUUGAUUCUUGCUGUGGUGGCAUGAAUGGAAGCUUCUGUAACCCCAUCCAGUAAACUCGUUUGAGACGCCCUUGAAAUAUUAAAGUUUGGUCCUUAA